AUGUUGCGCUUUUUCAGAUCCUUGAAAAGUAAAGCUGACACUUUCCUGUUAGUUGGACUCAGCGAUUCCGGCAAAACCCACAUCUUUGGAAAAAUCGCUAACAAAAACAAUGAGCCGGUGACCUAUACGUCAUUUCAAGAAAAUGUUUUGGAUAUCGACGUCAAAGGGCAACAUUUAAAGGUUGUGGACUUUCCCGGAGCGGAACGUAUGCGAAAGCACCUGGUGGAGAAAUGGCUAAAAAAGGAGCGUUCAUCUCUGCGAGGUAUAACAUUCGUGGUAGACUCUUCGUCAUUUUCUAAGCGAUCUCGUGAUGUGGCAGAGUUCCUCUAUGAUGUUGCCUUUGGAAAGCGGGAAAAAGGUUGCUUGAAGAAAUGGACUUAUUUUAUUUUUUCUCAGGUACCAAUCCUUGUUGCUUGCAAUAAACAAGAUCACGGCCUGGCGAAGAGUAGUCAGGUCAUUCGUCUGUCAUUGGAGAAGGAGAUGGGAUUGAUCAACAAAACACGGGCGGCAGCACUUACGUCCACAGAUGGGUCAUCAUCGCAUAACACUCUUACAGACACUGGAGCAAACUUUCUCAUGGGAUGA